AUGAAUGCCAAUAUGAUACGUUGCAAAAAUUGGUUUUGUGCUCGGAACAACAACAAUGACUACACUGAAGUUUUUUUCGGCGAUUCCAAUAAAAAUACCACACAACAACAACAAACUAUAACGACAACCACCCCACCAACGACAAGUGCUGUAACGCCCGACCGACAGCAUCAGCAGAUUAAUGGCAAAGUUACUACCGCAACGGGCCACAUUGGCAAUCACACAAUAGCUACUGCCAACAACACUGCGACAGCCACAACAACAAAUCACACAAUGAACAAUUCUAGUGGUGGUGGAUGUGUCGGUACGUCCGGUACAACAACUGGUGUUGGGGGAUCACAUGUUGUAACAUUUCUGGACGAUGUGCCCAGUGGCAGUAAUGGCGUUGUCAACACAACGACACGUUUAAUGAACCACGCCGAUCUGCAUCAGCAUCAAAACACCCACGACCACCAUACGGCUGACGAUUUAGAUGUCCUCGAUGAUGAUUUCAUAGCCAGUCAAGUGGUUAGUUCAUCCCUCUUAUGUGAUGAUACAUUGCCAGGUUCGAAAAAUUGUUACCGGCUAGUUAUGUUAGGAUCUUCACGUUCGGGCAAAUCAUCAAUAAUAGCCCGGUUUCUUGGCAAUCGCUUCGAAGAAGCCUAUACACCGACAAUAGAGGAUUUUCAUCGGAAAUUGUACCGCAUCCGUAAUGAAGUCUAUCAAUUAGAUAUUCUGGACACAUCCGGCCACCAUCCAUUUCCGGCUAUGCGUCGAUUGUCAUUUCUAACGGGUGAUCUUUUUAUAUUGGUAUUUAGCAUGGAUUCAAGAGAGUCAUUCGAAGAAGUUGUACGCCUAAGAGAAAACAUUCUGGAAACGAAAUGGGCAGCACUGAAUCCUGGCAGCGGUUUUAAAAAGAAAGCUUUGCCAAAAAUUCCCAUGGUGUUGGCGGGUAAUAAAUCUGACAAGGAACAAAGGACUGUGCAACUAGAUGAAGUUAUGGGUUAUAUUGCGGGUCAAGACAACUGUUGUGUGUUUGUGGAAUGUUCGGCAAAACAAAAUUACCACAUUGAUGAAUUGUUCUACGAACUAUUUACUGCUGCAAAUUUACCCUUGGAAAUGGCACCUAAUCACCAUCGACGUGUGGUUACUGUAUUUGGAGCACCAUCAACAUUGCCACCGCACUCAUCGGCUGGUGGUACAAAGAAGAAUGCCCUUUCCAUAAAGCGACGUUUUAGCGAUGCCUGUGGUGUGGUUACGCCAAAUGCCCGAAGGCCGAGCAUACGAACGGAUUUGAAUUUAAUGCGCUCAAAAACAAUGGCCAUGAACGAGGGCGAAGGCUCGGUGGCACGGAAAAAAUGCGUAAUUAUGUAA